UUGAUGACAAUUAUGGAGUUGAAGAAACUCGUGAUAGCAAUGAACAAGAUGAUAAUGAAAACAGCGGUGAUAUUAUAGUUGACGAGAAUUUUGGAAAUUUAUUAACUAGGAAUGAAUACGAUGUCCUCAGAGAUCAGUUUAAUCCAACUGAUGAGGAUGAAAAUUCUGGUAUCAAUAUAUUCUUAGGCGCCGCUGUACUCGUCCGACAAUUACUUCAAAAAUAG